AUUUCUGCGCCGGGAGGAGACUAAGCAGCAAGUGAAUGAAGACCCAGACGAAGCAAGGAGAGGAUGAGAAAAAACACCACUCACCGUAAAACAUUUUGUUGCCAAAAAUAAUUAUUAAUUAGUCGUUAUCGCCCUCUUAAAGUACUUUUUUUCUUUUGGCUCCUCCGUGGCUUCUCCGAUCGCUUAAUUGAUCGAAACCAGCAUAUAAUCAGUCUAAGCAGAAAGAAAAAACUCCGAACCGGCAGAAAAAGAAAGAACAAACCUCAUGGCCAGACGAUCCAUUCCCGUUCUGAAGAAACUCCUCUCCACUUCGCAGCAUCCAUCGCCAUGCUCCAGAUUCACUUCUAGCCGAUCCGUCACCUACAUGCCUCGACCUGGUGACGGCGCACCUCGCCCUGUAACCCUAAUUCCUGGUGAUGGAAUUGGUCCUCUGGUGACAGGCGCUGUGGAGCAAGUGAUGGAGGCGAUGCACGCGCCGGUUUACUUCGAGCGGUAUGAGGUGCACGGGGAUAUGAAGAAGGUACCGGAGGAGGUGAUUGAAUCAAUUAAGAAGAAUAAGGUGUGCCUGAAGGGAGGGCUGGCCACUCCCAUGGGCGGAGGUGUUAGUUCGCUUAACGUGCAGCUGAGGAAGGAGCUUGAUUUGUAUGCUUCCCUUGUUAACUGCUUCAAUUUGCCUGGGUUGCCUACGCGCCACCAGAAUGUCGAUAUUGUUGUGAUUAGAGAGAAUACUGAGGGAGAAUACUCCGGCCUCGAGCAUGAGGUUGUUCCUGGAGUCGUUGAAAGCCUUAAGGUGAUAACAAAGUUCUGCUCCGAGCGUAUUGCAAAAUAUGCUUUUGAGUAUGCAUACCUGAACAACAGGAAGAAGGUGACUGCUGUGCACAAAGCUAAUAUCAUGAAGCUUGCAGAUGGUUUGUUCUUGGAGUCUUGUCGAGAGGUCGCUACAAAAUAUCCUGGAAUCAAAUACAGUGAAAUUAUUGUGGACAAUUGUUGCAUGCAACUUGUUUCGAAGCCGGAGCAGUUUGAUGUCAUGGUGACACCUAAUCUUUAUGGCAACCUUGUUGCAAAUACUGCUGCAGGUAUUGCUGGUGGUACAGGAGUUAUGCCAGGAGGUAAAUCCAUGAAUAUAUGUUCUUAGAACUUCUUGUUCCCUUAUAUCUUCUGCUCUUUUGGAAUACAUGAUGGAGAACUCACAAGAAGUUGGUAAUGGAAGCUAACUUGAAUAACUUGUAUUUCGUGUAGGUUUUUGUUAACCUUUGAAGCGGAGAAAUAGGGAGAGAAAUAAAUAGAAGUAGAUUGGAUUGAAAAAAGAAACAGAAAUGGGAAAAGUAAUAGUGAGAUUUAGAGAAGAGGAUAGAGCAGAAAUAGGAAGAAAGAGUUUAUCUUUAAUUGCUAAUGAUUUUGGAUACCUUUUUCUUUACAAGCCAGUUCCUAUUUAUACUAUUUUGGGUCCCGUAACUACUUUCUACAGUUACAACUGACUGAAGAGACUAAUCCACUGCUUCUUUAUUCUUUAGUCAUAACAUUCCCCACCCAUUGAAAUCAUUAUUGUCCUCAAGAAUGAAGAAAAUACUGAAAAUUCAAAUGAAUGGCUGGUGCUUCUUUCCUUGGCCUUGGUCAGAAGGAUGUGAAAAUCCACACAAUAGCUUUUACUGGCCGGUUAAUCCCCUGAAUUUGGAAUCCCAAAUGUUAACUUCCAGCACAUGCUUUAGCUGAAAUAUUCCAGAGAAUUGGGAUAAAGUUGUAGGUGAUAGUAUGGACAGUUGGACACUUGAUUGACAAGGAAUUUUUUUUCUCCUUUUUCUUCUCUAAAUUUCCCAUGCUUGUUCUUUCAAAAUCGCAUUUCCAUUUGAUUGUGGAACUUUCUUCCUUGCCCUUCUUAAUAUUUCCGGUUCAUCUUCCAAGUGACUUAUAGGAUUACAACAACUGAACUCCCCAUUUUGUUUCCGAAAAUUCUAGCAAUUGCUUACAAUAUUAACACCUUUUGUGGGAUUUGUCCCACAACGGAAGUUUAAUAUUUGAAAGUGUAUAUAAUAGCGGGUCUAAAACUACUAAAUGGUUUGGGUUAAUUAUUUUGGGAUAAGUAAAAAAUUAGCCCAAAAGAUAUUUAGGCCAGUUUAGGUCAAAUUGUUACAAUUAUUAUAAGAGCCACCUUGAGUCAGAAAAUUAUGCGGGUACUAAUUGGCCUGCGAGAAAAAAGCUACCCGUGCUAGAUGAGGUUGAGCUGCUCGAGACACUAACGAAUCACAAUACCCGAGAGUCCUAUCUUGGCAUAGCAAUUGUAGUCGAUUCAGCAUAGUAGAAUUGCGAUGGGGACGUUGCAAAAUUAAGUGGGCGAAUAAUGUGGGAUUUGUCCAACGUUUGAAGUUUACUAAAACUUGAAAGUGUAUAUAAUAGCGGAUCCAAAACUACUAAAUAAUUUGAGUUAAUAAUUUUGGACCCAAGUUAUUUGGGUCAAUUGGCCAGACUGUUACACCUUUUGUAACUCCUCUAUCUCGUUUUCAAGAACAUUCCCAAAUUUCUAUAGCAAAAAUUUCAAUGUAGCUUCUGCUUUCCCUAUUGCAGAUUCUAGUUUUUUGUCUGUCACCAUCUUCAUUAUUCUCCUUCUCAUAGAUGAUCUCAUUUACACUAGACAAAUCAGCAAUCAAAUCCUGCUUCGUCACAGUACCCUUGUCUUUCGUUUUGGAAGUUGCAUGUAAGGUAUCUUGUUCUUCAUUAGGGUUUUCAAAAAGUUGAUCUUUAUGAACAAAGUCUGCAACCUUCUCUCUUUAAGUGGAUUGCUCUAAUCUUCCCAUUUUUUGAUCCAAUCUUUUCAUUUUCUGAAUCACGUUUCAAUUCUUUGUUCCAGCAACCCUUGUUCCUUCAAUAUUCUAUCCAGAAUUUCCACUCUUCUAUUAAGAAACAUUUGUGCCAAAGAUUGUACUUUCAUGAUAAAGAAUUUCAAGAAUAGGGUUUCAGAAGAGAGAAGUAGAAAGUAAUCUUUGGUCAAGCCUAAAACAAAGAAAUAGAAGUCCAAGAGGCAUGGAAUAGAGGCCCGAAACUGGAAAAGGGACAGGGUUGAGAAAGGAAAUAGAAAACUCAGAAAUGCUAAUCCGAGCUGAGAAACAGAGGAUAAUCCUAGAUUGAGAUUUUCAAGAAUUUCAAGAACAGAUUUCUUGGAAUGCAGGAAUUGAAAACUUUGAGAAGGAAAACAAAAGAUAUAAGCAGAAAUCUACAAAAGAACAAUAAAGAAGGAACGAAAUUCCAAGGAAGCAAGCGAGAAGAAGUAGGGGAAAGAAAAGAAAAAAAUUCUCAGAGAAGAAUCAAAGAAGGAAGAGAGGAAAAGAAGAGAGGAAGAGAGAUGAACAGAGAGAAUCCUGAAAUUCUGGAAAUUUGAAAGAAUCCCGCAAGUCUUCUUUGUAUUGCAACGCCAGAAGAAAGGAUUGGAAGAAGACCAAGUCAGAAUAGAGCUCUGAUACCACUUGUUACACAGCAGACUUGUAAUUCUCUUUGAAAUAGAGAUAUAGGGAGAGAAAGAAAUAGAAGUAGAUUGGGUUGAGAAAAGAAAUAGAAAGGAGAGAAGUAAUAGAGAGAAUUAGAGUAGAGGAGAGAGAAGAAAUAGGGAAAAAGAGUUUUAUCUUUGAUUGCUAAUCGUUUUGGAUAUCUUUCCUAUUUAUAUUAUUUUGGAUGUUGCAUUUCCAAGUCAAAUUUUCCAAGUCAAAUUUGCAUGUUCCAUUUCCAAGUCAAAUUUUCGUUUGGAAUUGCUUAGAGUUCUAAAAAAGUGGGUGCUUACAUGCAGGCAAUGUUGGUGCUGAUCAUGCUAUUUUUGAGCAAGGUGCCUCAGCAGGAAAUGUAGGCAAUGA